AUGGAAUUUGACAAUACCAUUUGCAUGCUGGUCAUUUAUGGAGAUGGUAACAAGACCACAUUUGUUUGGGAGUUGUUUAACAAGUUUCAGCAUCAAUUUGAAGCUGCGAGUUUUCUUGAUAAAGUCUCUGAAAAAUCAAGAAGUGCUGAUGGCCUAGAAAACCUCCAGAACAUACUUUUGUAUGAGAUGGGUGUGCACAAAAAAUCUAAGCUGGGAAGCACAUUAAAAGGAUAUUCUUAUAUAAAACAAACUAUCUGCAAUAAAAGAAUCCUUCUAGUUCUUGAUGAUGUUGAUAGUACAGAACAAUUUGAUUCAUUGGCAGGAGGAGGCGAUUGGUUUUGUCCUGGUAGUAGAAUUGUUAUAACAACAAGAGACGACAAUUUCCUAAAUAAUCAAGUGUUACAUGGAUUUAAGAUUAAGAAAUAUUGCAUUAAUGAAGGUGAAUUUGAAGGAAUGGAAGGUGCUAAAUCCAAGAUCAAAGUCCUACUACCCUAA